GUGGCCUCAUCCGCAUGCAGGGGACUGCGCGGCGCGGCGGCCGCCAGGAAAGGACAAAGACUGUUCUGCCGCCGGCCGCACCGUGCCAGGCUCGCCCCGCCCGCCGCCCCGGUGGCCCCCGACGCGGCCCCCCUUGUGUCUGCUCGGCGGGCCGGGGCUGCACCGUCCGGACGGCUUCCGGGAGGAGGCAGCCUCGCUCGGGCCCUGCACGCCUGACCUCCUCCUGAGACCUCAGGGGUCAUAGCCCCCUUCUCGGUACCUCCCGGGAGGUUGAGGUGGCCUCCUCUCCUGGAGCCGGGCUGGACUGCGCGGGGUCUUUGCCAAAGACCCGAGUUCUAGUCCACUGAGCCUCGACUUUGACCUGUGGCCAGGCCUCUGCCGGACGCAGUCCGGAGCCCCGCCGGGUGCAAAGAACUCCUUCCAGGACUCCCGCAAGGCCAUGGGUCCUUGGGGCCCCUCUUCACCACGACCUUGUCUCCCCAGACUUUGGAUGGCCCGGAUCGGCGGGCAGGGCCGCGGGGGGAGUCCCCUUUAAGGCAGGAGGGGGGAGGGGGCUGCCGGCUGGCCCUCCUUCCGCCCCUCCCUGGCCCCCGCCACCCCGGCCCAGGGCCCGGGCCCCGCGCCAGCGCAUGCGCCCGCCGGUGGGCGCUGUCCGGGCUGCCAGGGCGGCGCGCGCACCGACAGACGGACGCACCGACGGAGCGGCGGCCGGUCGGACAGACGGGUCAGCGCAGGGAGCGGGGACGUGGCGGGACAGUGACAUGGCCGGCCAUACGCAGCAGCCGAGCAGGCGCGGGAACCCCGGCCCUGCGCCUUCGCCCUCCUCCGGCCCUGGCCCCGGCCCCGGCGCCUCGGAGCGGGUGGCGCUCAAGAAGGAGAUCGGGCUGGUGAGCGCCUGCACCAUCAUCAUCGGGAACAUCAUCGGCUCGGGCAUCUUCAUCUCCCCCAAGGGAGUCCUGGAGCACUCAGGCUCUGUGGGUCUGGCCCUCUUCGUCUGGGUCCUGGGUGGGGGCGUCACUGCCCUGGGCUCCCUCUGCUACGCGGAGCUGGGAGUCGCCAUCCCCAAGUCUGGCGGGGACUACGCCUAUGUCACCGAGAUCUUCGGGGGCCUGGCUGGCUUCCUGCUGCUCUGGAGCGCCGUCCUCAUCAUGUACCCCACCAGCCUGGCCGUCAUCUCCAUGACCUUCUCGAACUACGUGCUCCAGCCCGUGUUCCCCAACUGCAUCCCCCCGGCCGCUGCAUCCCGUGCACUCUCCAUGGCCUGCCUGAUGCUUCUGACGUGGGUGAAUAGCUCCAGCGUGCGCUGGGCCACGCGCAUCCAGGACAUCUUCACUGGUGGGAAGCUGCUGGCCCUGUCACUCAUCAUUGGCGUGGGCUUUCUUCAGAUCUUCCAAGGACGCUUUGAGGAGCUGAGGCCCAGUAAUGCCUUCGACUUCUGGAUGACACCCUCCGUGGGUCACCUGGCCCUGGCCUUCCUCCAGGGCUCCUUUGCCUUCAGCGGAUGGAACUUCCUCAACUAUGUCACUGAGGAGCUGGUUGACCCUCGAAAGAACCUACCUCGCGCCAUCUUCAUCUCCAUCCCGCUGGUGACCUUUGUGUACGCCUUCACCAACGUCGCCUACUUCACCGCCAUGUCCCCCCAGGAGCUGCUGGCCUCCAACGCAGUGGCCGUGACCUUCGGGGAGAAGCUCCUGGGCUACUUCUCUUGGGUCAUGCCCGUCUCCGUGGCACUUUCCACUUUUGGAGGGAUCAAUGGCUACCUGUUCACCUCCUCCAGACUGUGCUUCUCUGGAGCCCGAGAGGGGCAUCUGCCUAGCCUGCUGGCCAUGAUCCACGUCAGACACUGCACCCCUAUCCCUGCCCUCCUCGUCUGCUGCGGGGCCACGGCGGUCAUCAUGCUCGUGGGAGACACAUACACGCUCAUCAACUACGUGUCCUUCAUCAACUACCUCUGCUAUGGAGUCACCAUCCUGGGCCUGCUCGUGCUGCGCUGGAGGCGGCCGGCGCUCCACAGGCCCAUCAAGGUGAGCCUCCUCAUCCCGGCCACGUACUUGGUCUUUUGGGCAUUCCUGCUGGUCUUCAGCUUCAUCUCGGAGCCUGUGGUGUGUGGGGUCGGCAUCGCCAUCAUCCUCACGGGGGUGCCCAUUUUCUUCCUGGGAGCGUUCUGGAGACGCAAACCAAAGUGUGUGCACAGACUCACAGAGUCAAUGACACGCUGGGGCCAGGAGCUGUGUUUCGUGGUCUACCCCCAGGACGCCCCCGAGGAGGAGGAAAAUGGCCCCUGCCAGCCCUCUGCACUGCCCGCCACAGACAAACCCUUGAAGACACAAUGAGACAUUUGUGGAGCCUAAAGCAGCUGUUUCUGUUUACAUGUUGUUUAUUGAGGAGGAGUUUUUGCAAAAAAGUUUCUUUUUCUCCUGGAAAAAAAGAGAUCCAACUCUGAGGGGCCUGUGGUAAGGAAGCCCUGAAGAUGUGGACUGGGCCCCCUGUCAGCGCUGCCCUGCUAGCUUUUCCUGGAAAGGUCUGUGAAUAAAACAGGGCUGGAGGUGCGCUUGUCUCAGGUGAGUCCUGGGCAUUGCUCGCAGGGGCCCUGGCGGGGCUGGCUGGGGAAGGUGCCUGGCUGGCCCUGGAGGAGCUCUGCCGCUCAAGCCAGGCACUCCCUCCCUCAUGGGGUCCAGAGCCACUCUGGUCCCAAAAGGACAUCAGGAUUGGGACGCAGCUGAGUGUGCCCCUCCCCAGGCCCUGAGGCCAGCCCGAGGCUCAGCCACCUGGGAGAGCCCAGGGAUUCCCACUAGAAGUGCUUCUCUUCCCAUAAAUCCCCAGGUAGCAAGGGUUGGGACUUCAGAGCCCACGGUGGGGAGACUGAUGCCCUGAGACGGGACGGGAUGCAUUUGGCCACUGUCAGUUGGUGCCUCAGCCUCUGUCCUGAGAAAGCAUCGAGCAGCAUCUCCCAGGGGCCUUGGCCUGCAAGAGACCCAUGGGCCUCCUCUACCCCAUGCCCACAUUCCCAGGCCUGCCCUUGUGCCCAGGAGAUGGGCCUCUCAGCGAAAAGGCAAGGGGCAAAGGGCAUCAGCCUGGCCACGUCCAUGCUGAUACUGCAGGCACGAGGAUGGGGCCAGAGCCUCCUGGCGCAGCUCUUCAGGGGCCUGCUGGACCAGGUCCACAUGCCCAUGGCCCUGCUCAGUCCAGACACGGCCCUGGGGUCCCACCCGAUGAUGAAGCGACAAGCCACAGAACACACUGCAGGGAGCCCUGCCCCGGCCUGCCGCCUCUCUGGAAAUGGAUUCCCAGAAUGGAGUGGGAGGACAUAGCACUGGGACCCCAUAAAGGCGCUGGAGCCAGGCCCCCCUCCCCACU